AUGUUUCGCCAUAACUUGUGCUUUUCGCACAUCUUAUCUAAAACAUUAUCACUUACUUCCUAUAUAUAUAUUGAUGGUACUGUAAUGACGUUCACCAGUAAUGAUGACUUCAAAAAUCUUUCUUAUAUCAAACAACAGGCAUACACGAAUUCCAUUGAUACAGUUGUUAUUGAUAAAGAUGUCACAACAAUUACAAAUCUUGAUGAACUUAACUUCAUUGUUAACGUUGAAAUCAAAAAUAAUUUACAAACCAUUCCAAAAUAUGCUUUCUUUAGAUGCUUGAAUCUCAAAACAGUCAAGAUGCCAGCAACAGUUAAAGAGAUCGGUCUCUCAGCAUUCGCUGAAUCAGGCAUCGAAACAAUCGAUUUAUCCAAUGUUGAAACAAUCGGUGUUGAAGCAUUUUAUGAAUGCUUAUACCUCAAGAACGUCAACAUUGGCAAGGCCAAGCUUCUUGCUACAAGUGCUUUCGCUAGAUCCGGUGUAACUUCUCUUAUUGUCCCAGCUACAGUUGGCUACAUCCCAGACUUCCUCUGCCAGGAUUGCAUUGGUCUUAAGACAGUUACAUGCAGUGGCCCACUCAGCACAGUCGGAAUCAUGGCAUUCUCUGGCUGCUCUGCCCUUGAAUCAUUCUCCUUCUCAAAGAUCACAUGCAUUGGCGCACAAUCUUUCGAGAACACCAAGAUCACAUCUUUCAACUUUGAGAACGUCGGAGAUAUCCAGAACAGAGCUUUCCAGUUCACAUGCCUCGAAGAAGUUGUCCUCACACAGCCAAGAACAAUCUUCACAGAGGUCUUUGGUAACUGCCACCACCUCAAGAAGGCAACAUUGAAGAACCAGAACUUGAAAUUAGCCACCUAUCUCUUCAACGGCUGCUCAAGCUUAGAAAUCAUUGAUAUCCAGGAUGAUCUCAACACAAUUCCAUUAAUGUUCGCUAUGGACUGCAUCAGUCUCAAGACAUUCAACGCCCAGAACAUUUAUGUUGUCAGUUUCCAUGCAUUCACAAACUGCCACUCCCUUGAAUCAUUCGAUUUCUCCAAGUGCAACACAGUCCAAGGCUACGCUUUCCAGGGCUGCUACAAGUUGAAGGCCACACUUCCAACAAAGUCUGUCUUCCACUACAUCGAACAAUUCGGCUUUGCUUAUUGCGAGAACAUCGAUGUUGAAUCAGAGAUCAACGUCUGGGAAGUCAAGGACUACGCUUUCUUGGGCUGCAAGUCCAUCAAGAAAGUCCAGUACAACACAGGCACAGACCACACUGGUGUCUUCAUGGGCUGCACAGGCCUUGAGAGCAUUUCUUUCAAGGACACAUGCCAGAACUUCGGCGAUAGUUUCUGCUUCGGCUGCACAAGUUUGACAUCAAUCAAAUUCGGUGCAAAUGCAAACACAAUCAGAACAAACUCAUUCGCCAGAAUUGGUGCUGCUGAUGUUGAUUUUGUCAAUAUCCAGUGGAUUGGCGAUUACGCUUUCAUGGAUUCGAACAUCAAGUCAAUCAAGAUCACUCAUGCCGGACCAGGCAUUGGCAAGUUCGCAUUUGCAAACUGCAAGAACUUAGAGACAGUUCAGAUUGAUGACUUGUGGAACACAGAGGACAUCACACAGUUUGAGAACUCAACAAACAUCAAGACAUUCAAUGCCAAGAGAAAUGGAAACUUGGUUAUCAACCAAAACGGUAUCAUCUUGUCAAAUGAUACAACAACAUUAUUAGCUGUCAUUGGCUCAUAUUCUAAGAAUACAAUUACUCUCCCAUAUUCUGUCAAGAAGUUCUACAAAGGUGCUUUGAACAUGAACGACAAAAUCACUGAAUUAGUUUUUGAAACAGUUCCAAAGUAUGGAGCUCAAGUUUCUCAGUCAUAUUUCAUUCAGUCACUUAAAUAUGAAAUUAAGUACUACUCUGAUCCAGCAUCUGAUUACACUGACAACUCCCUCAACGAAUUCCCUGAAGGAAUGUUCGCAAACUGCUACGCACUCACAACUGUCAAUAUCGUCACCGAUAUCAAGUCAAUUGGAAACAACUGCUUCAGCAAUUGCGUCAAACUUACAACAGUCACACUUCCAAAUGGAUGCACUGUUUUGGGACAAGGCGCUUUCAUGAAUUGUGUUUCAUUGAAGUCAAUCAAUAUUGACAAGGUUGUCACAAUUGAAGAAAAUUGCUUCUCUGGAUGCGUUUUACUCCAGGAUGUCAAGUUAGGAAACCCAUUACAGACAAUUGGUGAUGCUGCUUUCAAGGGAACAGCAUUGACAAUAGUCAAACUUCCAGCAGGUGUUACAUCUUUAGGUGUUUCUGCAUUUGAAGACACAAAGAACUUGUCAUAUGUCGUUCUCAACGGCCUUUUGACAUCUCUUCCAAGCUUCUUGUUCAAGAACUCCAACAUUUCAUCCCUCAACAUUCCAGCAAACAUCGUUGAUGUUGCAUCCGAUUGCUUCAUUGGCGCAAGAUACCUCAAUUUGACUGUUGCCGACAACCACAAUCACUUGAGAGCAAGUGAAAGCUGCUUGUACAACUAUUUGACAAGCGAGUUGAUCACAACAUACGGACAGAUCAAUGCAACAUUCUUCUUGCCAUCAUUCAUCAAGAUAUUGAAUGCUGAAACAGUCAACCCAAUCUUUAUGAGGAAUAAGUACCAGAAUUCUGUUAACAGAUAUGGCUCUCCAGUCAUCGUUUUGCAUAAAGAUGUUUUGCAUGUUGAUCCAAACGCUUUCAAGUAUGAUAAAUUAUUAUACACAGUUUGCUACUUCAGUGAAGUUUACCAUCCAAAGGAAGCAGUUCCUAACAAGUACUUACAGAAUGUCUAUAUACAGGAUAACCACCAUUAUCCAGAUUUCUUAUUCGGACAAGAUCAAAUCAAGCGCGGUUGUGAUUUGACAAUCCCAGAUGAACUCAAUUGGACCGAAACCAACUCCUCUUCAGGAGGUGGCGGCGGCGGUGGUGGUGAUGAUGACAAGCACAAGAUCACCAAGGCCGAAGUCGCUUUCGCCGUUACAGGCUCAAUAAUGCUUAUCACAAUUAUCGCCCUUGCAAUCGUCAUUUUCGUCAUGUCCAGGAAGCCAGGAAUCAAGUAUGAGAGAUUACUCAGCAGUAAUAUAAUUUCUGAAAAUAAUAAUAUGGGUCUUGAAACUUAA